AUGGAACGCGUGGGCAAAUACUGUCGAGCGCUACGUCAAGUAUAUGAACAAGAAGGAAUCAACUCGUCUCAUUCAGUUUCGGUUCGAAAGAAGAUUAGGCGCAUUCUAUGCGAGUUGGAUGAGUCCGAUGAAAACGCCCAGGCACUGGAGAUGUUCUGGAGAGCAUCUUAUUAUGAACCGCUGAAUAAGUUAAGGAAGCAAAAGACUGUUGGUGACAAUUGGUUCAAUGUAAUGGUCUCGGUUUUCUGUGGUGAAUUGCAGAGCAUGCUGGCUGAAAGUCCUCGGCAUGCUGCAAUGUACAACCUGUACCUGGGAGAUCUCCACAGGCUUUUCUUACUUGCUCUAUUGGCUCGGAGGCCAUUCCAGAAAGCUUGGGAUAAUCUGAAGAAGACGUUCGAGCAACAAGUGAGCGGUCCAAUCUCCUCGUUUGCUCUUUCUAUUCCAUUCAUCAUCCUUGUUUCUUACAGCAGAACUAAUCUCGAUAGUGAAGGGAUUCGUCUGGUGGAAGCGAUCAAAUCUCUGAAUGACCCGUUUCAUGAGUCACAGUUGGCAUCAUUGCUUCUUAUCUUAUCGCUCAGUUGUCGAUUGGCGGUGGAUAGUGGAAAUGAGGACGCAUUCAUCGGCUGUAUGACUCUUCUAUGUUCAUGCUAUCUGUGUCUCAUCGAUAAUGUUGUCGUCACGCAGACAGAAAAUAACGUCGACGACGAUGAAGUUAUCCGAAUCAGAAGGAGGAGAGCCUCAAGCGGUUCUGAUUCUCAACCAGGAAGCCGUAGUCGGAGUAGUUCGUCUUCACGAGAAAAAUCUGAGGAAAAGCGUGCUGAUACCCAAUCAGUGGAGGAGUUCAACGUUUUUGGUGGCUGGCUCCUUGCGGAAGUCUGCGAAUGGCUGUUCCAUAUCAGUCCUCAAUUGAAUAAUCUCAAAAAUAGGAAGAAAACUCCUAUUCCUGCAGCUCUUCUUAAUACGGACGGUCCCAACUUGAAAUCUCUUAAAACUUUGUCCUACCGGAACGCUCAGACAUUACCGACCGCUGCUGAGACAACAACGAUCAAAGCCCGCAAACAUGACGAUCAGCUCAGGAAUGAGUGUUGUCAUCCUAAUUUCUGA